AGGGACGUUAGAGGGGACAGUCAAGAACACAGCGGUUACUCUCGGUAUAAAUACAAAAUCACUCUGUAAACCCGACUCCUAUAAUAAGAAAAUGCGUGUCGAGGGUACAAUUUUUUUGGCACUUGUUGUGGCAACAUUGCCAUUUCUUGUCUCAGGGGACGACUGGAUGCACCCCCACUUGCCCAAAAACCCCAGCAAAAGGUCCCUGGAAAACAACGAAGAAAACACCGCCGCCUACUGGACGCGAAACGGGCUCCAAGCGGUGCGAGAAAGAAUCGAAAGGAAGCGCAACGAAAACAUGGCAAAAAACGUGAUCCUCUUCCUUGGUGACGGAAUGUCAAUCCCCACCAUCUCCGCCGCCAGGGUGUACCUCGGGGGCGAAGAAAAAAGUCUGACAUUUGACAAAUUCCCCUAUACUGGACUGUCAAAAACCUACUGCAUCGAUCAACAAGUGGCCGACUCCGCCUGUUCAGCCACAGCCUACUUAUGCGGCGUCAAGGCCAACUACGGCACAAUCGGUGUGACCGGUGACGUCAAACGUGACGACUGUUCUUCCAUGUUAAAUUCAACCAAUCACGUCCAUUCAAUCGCCCACCAUUUCCAAAACAGUGGAAAAAUGACAGGAGUAGUGACCACGGCACGUGUGACCCACGCCUCGCCCGCCGGCACCUACGCACACACGGCGGAACGUGAUUGGGAGAGCGACAAUGACGUCAUCUCGGCCAAUCACGACCCGGUCACGUGCCGCGACAUCGCCUGGCAAUUGGUCCACGGCGACACGGGGCGGGGCCUCAACGUGAUUUUAGGUGGGGGAAGGUCAAAUUUUAUCCCUCAAGGUAAAAAGGACGAGGACGGUUUCGAAGGACACAGACUCGACAAAGUCAACUUGAUCGAGCAAUGGCUCGUGCAGAAGAAAGAGAUGGGUUAUAACGCCAAAUAUGUGUGGAACAGAGAGGGACUAUUAAAAACCGACUAUAACCAAACCGACUAUCUUUUGGGUUUGUUUAAUUCGGAUCACGUGACGUUUAAUUUGAAACGUGACCCGAAUCGUGAGCCGUCAUUGGCGGAAAUGACGCAAGCCGCCAUUAAACUAUUAGACAAGUCGCAAAAUGGCUACUUCCUGUUUGUGGAAGGCGCAAGGAUUGACAUGGGGCACCAUAACGCCCAGGCUAGGAUGGCUCUGGACGAAACAAUCGAAUUUUCAAAAGCGGUCCAAGCCGCCGUUGACUUGACCGACGAAUCGGAGACUUUGAUUGUCGUGACGUCAGACCACGCCCACACGAUGAGCUACAGCGGGUACGCACAUCGCGGAAAUGACGUUUUAGGCAUUGCCGGAAAUGCCGAUGACACUUUACCUUACACGAUUUUGAAUUAUGCUAAUGGGCCAGGGUAUAAAGCCAGUCAAGGUCAGCGGUAUGACGUCAGCAAUGACGACAUGUCAAAUGCCGAGUAUCGCUAUCCGGGGAUUUCCCCAUUGGACGCCGAGACGCACGGCGGCGAUGACGUAGCCAUUUUUGCGCAAGGGCCGUGGGCCCACCUUUUCACCGGUGUCAUGGAGGAGAACGUAAUACCCUACCUUCUCGCCUAUGCAUCUUGCGUAGGCAAUGGUACUACCAUGUGUGACAAUAUCAAAGAAACCAAUUCGAGAAUAAUGAACUUGGUCAAGAAACAAUUAUUAUGAUUAGUUCCUGUGCUAGAAUUUUAAUUAUUUAUGACUUCCGCGACAAAAAAGUGCAAACUAAUAAUAAUCUUGCCGACUCGAUUACGUCCGUUACUCUCUAAUAACCAAUAAUGCAAUAUUUGUAUUACUAAGGACAUUGUUUUUGCGACCUUUGAUUGGCUGAAUAUCGACCUUCCGGCUGGAAGGCUAAAAUUGUGUGCUUACGCACUCGAAAAAAUUCAAAUUUUAGACGUAAUAACGUAGAGCAAUGUUAUCGACUGAUUAAAUAAAGUCUUGAUUGUUA